ACAACAGCUGAACAAGUCACAUCUUUCGAAAUAAAUAGAAAACCAAAUGCAGAAAUAAAAAAUUUAAUAUAGCAAAUAAACAAAAUAUCAGAAAUAUUUCGAAUUGUUUCCGCGAGGUGUUCGAUUCGAAGACAUUGUUUGCACAGGCUGCAUAACAACAAGCAAUCAAAUACGAUCGUGUAACUCGAUCUGCAGGCUCUAACGGCGACGACUACGAUCCGAGCGUCGUGCGCCAUCAUCAUCACCACCAUCAUCAUUUGGAUCUCAGCAGUGGAGCGCCGGCUUUUGGUCCGCUGCCGCCGGCGCAUUUAACCUCCAGCCAGGUUCGGCCCGAGGAGACGUUCGGCCGCCAUCUGCCGCCAACGAUAUCCCCGCCACCUGCCACGCUGCUUCAGCAGCAGUCGCAGUCGCAGUCACAGCAGCAGCAGCCACCGCCGCUGCCCCCGCCCCAUUUAUCGCUGCAGUUGCAGCAACAGCGAUUGCAACGUUCGCCUCCCGCUUCCGCAUCCGCCUUGAUCUCUGGCUCCGGCUCCGGCUCCGGCUCCGGUUCCGGCAGCGGCACCAACAUGGAGCUCCUGCUAAAUGACAAGGCGCAGGAGUUUCUAAUGCAAAUGGCGCGCCUGCGCGACCCCUAUUGUGAUCUGGACAUCCGUGAUACUGGCGUCUAUGCCAAGACCGAUCUGCCAUGCGGCUCCCGCUACGGACCCUUUCCCAUGCACCUGUGUCAGCAGCCCAGCGAUCGCCAGCUGGCCUAUGAGGUAAUUGCCAGACCGCUGUUCCAUGGCUGGCUGGAACCCUCGGCUGAUGUGGCCACAUGGCUGAAAAAAAUACGCAACGCUCCCGUCGAGGAAAGUGAAGAGGCUAAUUUAAGGAAUUUCAUCAGCGAUCGUUGUCUGUGGUACGAGACGAAACGGGAUAUUAGUGCAGGCGCUGAAAUUGUGGUCGAUGCUCGUUCCCGCACGCCCUACGACAUCAGCGACAGCUUAAGGAAUGGCAGCAGCAGCAGCGGCAGCAGCAGUAGCGCAGCAGCAGCGGCAGCAGCGGCUACGGCGGCAGCAGCAGCCGCCGCCGCUGCAGCAGCCGCCAUGGCAGCAGCCAGUAGCAACAACAACAACAACAAUAGCGAUGAUCGCAGCGAUCGUGAUAAUGGCUUUUACAGCGGCGACGAAUUUGCCAAGGAUAAGAAAAACAUAUCGGUAAUUAGUCAGAGCGACGAUUUCGUGGACGACGAGAACGGUUUCGACAUACGCUGUGAAGUCUGUGAUAAUGUCUAUACGGAUUUAGAACGCCUGGAUGAUCAUCUGGUGGGCGCGCAUCACUUCAAACGCGGAGAAUUCGCCUGCGAGCUGUGUGAUCAGCAUUUCUGCCAUCGUCCAUUGCUGAUCAAGCACGGAGCCAUCGCCCACAAUAAUAUAAGGAAAUAUUCCUGUGAAAAUUGUUCCAAGGUAUUCUGUGACCCAUCGAAUUUACAGCGUCAUAUUCGCGCCUAUCACGUCGGCGCUCGCAGUCAUCCGUGCCCGGAGUGCGGUAAAACAUUUGCCACAUCGUCCGGCUUGAAGCAGCACCAGCACAUCCACUCCUCGGUCAAGCCGUUCGCCUGCGAGGUCUGCUUCAAGGCCUACACGCAGUUCUCGAAUCUGUGCCGGCACAAGCGCAUGCACGCCGACUGUCGCAUGCAGAUCAAGUGCAACAAGUGCAAUACGAGCUUCAGCACGGUCACCUCACUCUCCAAGCACAAGAAGUUCUGCGAUAGCUCCGACAGCUUUCGCAGCAGCCAACAGAGUCGCCUGCAGCAGCAGCAACAGCACCAGCACCAGCACCAGCAGCAGCAGCACGCGUCACAUCAGCAGGCGUCGCAGCAGUCGCCGCUUCUAUUGCCAGCCGGUGCACAUCAGCGCUUCGCUGCAGCCGCCGCCGCUGCCGCAGCGAGCAGUAAUAGCAGCGACGCAGCCGCCAUGGCGACGCCGCCGAAUCACAUGUUCUCGAUGCAUCCCUCGCACACAUUCUUUCCGGGCUUUCCGCCCUACGCGCUGCCCAACUUCUUUACGAACUGCCGGCCGCAGCCGUUGCUGCCGCACAUGUUUCCCAAUCCGCAUCUGGGCGACAUGGGGCGCGGUCUGGUGGCGCCGCUGGUCUCGCCGAAUGCUGCCUUCCAGCAGCAGCUGCAGGCAGCGAUGAGCCUUAAAUCGGAGUCGCCGCGUCUCAAACGCGAGUCCAGCACCCCAGAGCGCAAGUCCAUCAAGGCCGAGCUGCAGCCCAGCGACGAUGACGACGAGGAGGAGUCCAAUUCCUAUGAUCGGCUGCAAUUGAAGCUGGAGUCCAGCAAGGAGCUAAAGGCGGAGUCAAAGGCGGAGCCUAGCGGCCCACAGCCAGCACAGCCUGAUGAUCAUGAUCAGGAUAAUGACAAUGAGAAUGACAAUGAUGAUGACAAUGAUAACGACAAUGAUAAUGACAAUGAUAGGAAAUCCAUUGACAUAAUGAGCACACCACCGCCCGCUGAAACGGAGCUGCAGCCAGAGCAGGACAAGGGCAGCGUGGACAUACUGCCUCUGGAUCUGUCCAUCAGUCGCAAGCGACGCAGCUCGCUGUGCACGGCCAGCACGCCCGUGCCGCUGGCCGUAUCGCUGUCCAGUCGCAUGUCCACGCCCACCGUGGAGCUGGCUGAGGGAGCUGCUGGGCAGCCGCCUGUUAAGCUGAUGAAGCACAGCUCCGGCGAAUCGUCCACCUCGCAUCAGUCCUUCAAGGGCAGCAGUCCAACGCCGAGCGUUAGCGCCUCGCCCGGUCCCACGCCCUCGCCCUCGCCGCCCAUUAGCACCGGCGGUGAGCUGAGCAGCAUGUCUGAGAGCGCGGCGUCUGCUGCCGUGGGCACGGCCUCGGCGGCGGCGGCUGCUGCGUCGGUCAUGGCCUGUCCGCGGCAGCUGCAUCCGCAGUUGCUGCUGGAGGAGUUCUAUCGCUCACGCUUCAAUACGCCACAGUUUCAUUUUUUAGGCCAAAUGGGCGGACGGCCAGGUUUUGAGCCACUUAAAUCGCCGGCUGCUGUCAUCAGCAGCGGCAGCAGCUCGCGUCAUCUGCCGUUUCCGCCCGAGCACAAUUUCCACGAGGCUCUGCGAGCCGCCAGCCUGGCCGCCGCCGCUGCCAAUGCCUGCAGCAGCGGCGCCACCAAUGGUGGCAAGCUCAAGGAUCGCUACACCUGCAAGUUUUGCGGCAAGGUAUUCCCGCGCUCCGCCAAUCUCACCCGGCACCUGCGCACCCACACGGGCGAGCAGCCGUACACGUGCAAAUACUGCGAUCGCGCCUUCAGCAUCUCCUCGAAUCUGCAGCGACAUGUGCGCAACAUCCACAACAAGGAGCGUCCGUUCCGGUGCCACAUGUGCGAUCGCUGCUUUGGCCAGCAAACGAAUCUCGAUCGGCAUCUGAAGAAGCACGAAGCGGACGCGGGCGGCUUUGAGUACAACGACUCGCCCAGCUCGAAUGAGGCCAACGAUCGGGAGGAGGCCUGCUUCGAUGAUAUACGCUCCUUCAUGAAGCGCGUCUAUACGCCCACGAGUCUGGGCGGCGCGGAUGGCGAUACCGAGGAGUAUGCGGGCAGCGAUGAUCAGUUGUCCGUUUCAACGCGUCACUCCGUCAACUUUGACAAGGAGCUGCUGGCUAAUGGCAACAACAACAACAACAACAAUAACAACAGCAACAGCAGCAGCAACAACAAUCAGACAGGUCUCGGCGAAACGAUCGCCGUCAGCACUUAGAGCCACAAACUCUGAACAAACUGUAAAACUCUUAAAUUACUUUAAAGAAAAACUUUACUUAAGCGUGCCUCCGAGAGGGAAAACUAAUCUUUAAGUAGUUCGCAUUUUUCCUUCUAACACAUCUAAUGAUUUACAAGCAAAAUAUAAAAAAAAAAACUAUUUGUAGCUAUGCAAUCAAUGGAAAAAGACGGUGAAGUAAGCAAAAAACAAAAAAAGAAAAUUUGGUUUAAAAUUCUAAUACACU